AUGGACCGCGAAUCCAGUCCCGUACAAUUGGCUUGGUUCCGUCACACAAUUGGUCCGGCUGCUUUGCGUGUCGUAAAUGGAUUCACUUACAGUCCGGAUGAGGACCGUGGAUAUUGGCAGGUGGUGAUAUCGAAGAUGGAACAGUACUGUUUUGGCGAAUCCAACGAGACUUACGAACGAGACAUUUUCAACCAGAGGAGACAGCAGCAUGCUGAUCGUGUCAAUAGUGUACAACUACCGGCCAAACAGAAAGGCAUAUUUGCAAAAAUGUUGGUAACUGGGGAAGAAGUAACGUUCCAACUAGAUUCUGGUGCGUCCGUCAACAUAAUACCGAAAAAUUGUCCACCCGAUACCAAAUUGGAUCCUACCCAGACGAGAUUAGUUAUGUGGAACGAUGCAAACGUGGAGCCGAAAGGAGAAACCACUAUUACACUGAAGAAUCCUAGGAAUGGAGUCUCUUCUGUCGUGAGUUUUGUCGUCGUGGAGCCGGGUUAUGUUCCAAUUCUUGGAUACGAGUCCAUCGAGCGACUUGGUUUGGUAUCGUUUAACUAUGAUUCAUUUUUUCAUCACGUUUGUAAAGACCGUGAAUACUACCUGAAAAAGUAUGCCUCUGCUUCCGAUGGGAAACUGGAAAAGUUGCCAGGAACUGACACUUCACAUAAACGACGCAGCCGAGCCCGUUGUUUUACCAACGCGGCGGACCCCACUUGCUGUUAA